AUGGGAAACAGUACUAUUAAAAUGCUAAUUAGAUAUUUGUGGAAUUGAAGAAGAUAAAAAACAAACCCUAUAACCAGAAUCAAAAGUUAUAACUACAAGAACCAUUAAUUAAACAACCAUUUAAAUUGUAUAAGCAGAUAUCGUAGAAGAAUUAGUGGAUGUAGUAGGUAAUUCUUAAACUCCAUUUUAGUGAAUUCAUCUCAUGAACCAGGUUGGUCUUAUAUAUCGAAAAGGUACGCUGUAUAAUAAUAUAAUUUAUUAGAGAUAAAAAUAAUAAAACCAAUGAGCUCCUCUAAGAAAGUAUUAAUGCAAUUCUAUAGCAAUAGUGAAAAUUGGAGAGUUGAUAAUAACUAAUACAGAAAAUGUGAAUUCAGUUCAAAUUUUUCAUGUCAGGUUGCCAUUUUACUAAGUAAUGAAAUUUGCUUAUAUUUUUUAAAGGAUUCCAAGGAUUUACUACCUAUAUUCAAUGUCUACAAAGAAUGUCUACAAUAGAAAGGACAUAAGACUAUUUCGUUUACUGAAUAAAACACUCCUAAUUUUUAAAUACCAAAAUAAUUUCAUGCAGAAGUUUUGAUAAGGGCUAUUCUUUCGUAAAUUUUAUUACUAGCCAUUAGAGCAAUCUAGGAAGGUGAUAUAGAGUUUGAAUUAAUAAAAUUUGUGAGUUUAGAUUAACUGACUCUUAAAUACUUUGCCUAUGAGUUAAUGAAGUAAUUAGACGAAUUAAAAAUUCCUGAAUUAUUUAAACUGCGAUAUCAACAAUUUAUGAACUUUUUAUGUAAGAAAUUGAUUAUUAUAUACAUGUAGAGAAUGGAGAAGAUGCAUAACAAGAAGUCUAUCUUUUAAGUACUGGGAUUACUACAGAAAUAGAAGAUGUUGUGGAAUAGUAAUGA